AUGGAGGCCCCUUCUCUAUAUCUUGCCCAAUCGUUGGUUAUGAUUUCAUUCUACGAAUGGGGAACCGGACGCCCUUAUCAAGCAUGGAUGUAUAGUGGCAUGGCCACAUAUAUGAUACAGUCAUUACUCAAAAUGGCGGAUGAUAGUAUGGAACAUAGCCCACAAGAAUUCCAUGCUUCUCAAACCCAGUAUGAGCAGCUUGUGCGUACGUAUUGGUGCUGCUUUGCCCAAGACUGUGAGCUUAGUUCUGGGGCUCGGCAACAUUUCGCUUUGUCCUUUUCCCAGAUCUCAGUACCGCUUCCUAUCAGUGAUAGAGAUUUUACAUUCAACCAUCUUCCUGAGCGGCGAUUGAUGCCCGUUGAUAUGAACAGAAAAUGCCCACUGGCCAGGAACCUGACAAUAGAACACGGUUUGACGUUGGUCACGCGUGGCUUUGACAUUUUCGUGCGAAUCUUGAGGUUCGCUAAUGAGCAUCGACGUUCUCUAGCAUCUAUGGAUUCAGACGAUGCGGCUACUUCGCCUCUCCACCGGACUUGGCAACGACUCAAGGGAGAAUUGGAUGAGUGGAGGUCAUUGCAAGAUCUGACCGUUCAUUACCCUGCGACAAGCGCACAAGCACAUGUUGCAUUGGGAUAUGGUGAGCUUUUUGCAUAUAUUAAUUUAAUAUAUUUUAUGAGCGUUUUGUUUCUUCAUCGCGACCGAUUUUUGUCAAAUCUCAAACCUCAUUCUGAUGUUUUCCAUGAUAUGAAUGAUGACCAGCAACAAGAACCUGGCACAAUGAAAGAGCUUUUUGAAGCCGUUCAAAAUAUCAGUGGGGUACUGGCAGCAUUAGACGCAUCAGAAGCGCCCGUUAUGACGCCUUAUUCGGGAUUCAGCGUGUUUGUGGCAGCACACAUCAAUAUGUACGGGACAAUUGCUCCGUUACGAUACCCAGGUGGGCUUGAACGAGCAGAAGAAGAAAAGAGUAAGAAUUUGAUAUACCUUCAGCGAUUGAGCAUAUUAUGGCCCGUCGGUCGAAGCUGGUGGCGAACUGUUCAAGAAGCAAAUCGAUUCUAUGAAACCGUGAAAAGCACCCAAACACAUGUUGAAUCCGGCAUGCACAGCCCCAGGCGAUUUGCACUUGCAGGCACACUGGAUGAAUAUGGUGAUAUCCGUUCACGUCCAAGUCGUGAUACACAUAUGACCAGAUCAAUGACUUCUAAUCCUCGAGACUCGGAAAGCUCACAUCAAUCCCAUGGCCAAAGUAUGUCAUCUCCCAUCACAGAAAGCCAGGGUACCUGGCUCGGGAGCCAUCAUGAUAUCGAAACAGACAUGUUCCAAUGGCCCUUUAUUGACGCAUCUUGGUCCGCGGGAUUUGAUGCUGGACUUGACGGGCUAUGGCAUCACUCGGGGCUAUUUGAUCCGAACCCAUCCAUGGGAUAG